AUGGACCGGGGUAUCAGGGAAUGGACCAAGCUCGUUCAGCUCGACCAACCCUACCAACAGGAACCCCCGAGAGCCCAGGCAAGGGAUCUUGGAAAAAGCAAGACGAAGAAGCAGAACAAGAAGCCGAAAAAAAGAAAAGGCAAGCAAAAAGAGAACAUAUCCAGCCUCGAGUGCUGGGUCCACCAUGACAAAGGAGGUACAAAAAACAUCCUUGACUCGUCUUGCUUUUACUGUCUGUAUUUGCUUUUUCCCUUAGCAAAGGGGGCCAGAAAAUAUUUAUAUCUGGUAGCGAUUUACAUUGACCCGGACCGCCUUCUUCCCAAGACUGCUCUGUAUACGGUCAAUGCAGCAAGCUGGCUCGGAUCUAGUUGA